AGAAAAGAAAAAGAAAAAGCAGGAAGAAAAGAAAAAGAAGGAAGGUGCUCAGAAAAAGGCUGCUGAUCAAAAAACCAAAGUGCCAGAACCUACUAAGACCUGUUCAAGCCAGCCCCAACCUGCCGGUACCAGUACCAGCGCUUGCACCAGCACUCUGUCCAGCAGCAGCAAUGGCAAACGUGCGCCUGCCAGCAGCCAGCAGCCGGCUGCCUCCCGUUACCUGCCUCGCGAGGUGCCGCCACGCUUCCGCCAGCAAGAACAGAAGCAGCUGUUAAAGAGAGGGCAGCCACUGCCCACGGGGGCUCUGACCGGUGUGAGCCCGACCCAGGGGGCUGGGCCCACAGGGGUAAGCCCUCCUCCUCUCCCCGGAGCCGGAGCACAGCAGCACCCCAGUAAGCUCCAACCAGAUCUCAGUCACGGCGGAUUGGCAGAUCACUAUGAAAGUUCCCACUGGGGACAGCAGCCCACGUACAGAGGUGAAGCCAGCAGCAGCUGGGAUAAAGUGAUAAUAGACAGGACUGACAAGGAGGCGUGGCCUUCCAUCACAGGAGCAGAGACUGAAUCUGCCUCAGAAUGUACUACAGACACUGACUCUGCCUCCAACUGUGGCUCAGAGAACAGUAGCAUGGCUACGGGGAGUGCCCAGGGCACCUUCACUGGACAUACCAAGAAGACAAAUGGCAAUAAUGGCACCAACGGUGCACUCGUCCAAAGCCCUUCUAAUCAGAGUGCCCUUGGAGCAGGGGGCGCCAACGGUAAUGGAAAUGGAGCCAGAGUGUGGGGCGUAGCCACAGGCUCCAGCUCCGGCCCAGCUCACUGCUCUCUCAGCGGUGGGGAUGGAAAAAUGGACAACAUGAUCGGAGAUGGGAGAAGUCAGAAUUGCUGGGGUGCUUCCAACUCCAACGCAGGCAUUAAUCUUAACCUUAACCCUAAUGCCAACCCAGCUGCCUGGCCUGUACUUGGACAUGAAGGAACUGUGGCGACAGGCAACCCUUCCAGUAUUUGCAGUCCGGUCAGUGCCAUAGGUCAAAAUACGGGCAACCAGAACGGGAACCCAACAGGCACUUUAGGUGCUUGGGGAAACUUGCUGCCGCCAGAGAGCACAGAACCACAAACGUCCACUUCUCAGAAUGUGUCUUUCAGCGUACAACCUCAGAACCUUAACCCUGAUGGACCAAAUAACACUAACCCCAUGAACUCUUCACCAAACCCUGUCAAUGCAAUGCAGACAAACGGACUGCCAAACUGGGGCAUGGCUGUUGGUGUGGGGGCCAUCGUCCCGCCCCACCUGCACGGCCUUCCGGGUGCUAACGGACCAUCAGUUUCUCAAGGCAGUGGGAGCAGUGGUGAAGGAAUCAGCAGUUCGGUGUGGGGACUGUCCCCAGGUAACCCUGCCCCAGGAAGUAGCAAUUCUGGGUUCGGUCAGGGGAAUGGAGACACUGUGAACUCAGCAUUGAAUGCUAAACAAAAUGGAUCCAGCAGUGCUGUGCAGAAGGAAGGAAGCGGAGGAAGCGCCUGGGACUCCGGCCCUCCUGCCGGUCCUGGGCUCCUCGCCUGGGGACGGGGCAGUGGCAACAACAGCGGCGUUAGUCAUAUCCAUUCGGGGGCUUGGGGCCACCCCAGCCGGAGCACCUCUAACGGUGUGAAUGGGGAAUGGGGCAAGCCCCCAAACCAGCAUUCCAACGGCGACGUCAACGGGAAAGGGUCAGCAGGGUGGGACAGUCCGAGUGUUAGCAGCCAGAAUCCUGCCAUGCAGCCUGGCGGUGAGCACAUGAACUCUUGGGCCAAAGCUGCGUCUUCUGUAACGACAGCCAGUGAAGGAAGUAGCGACGGCUCUGGCAGUCACAAUGAAGGAAGCUCUGGGAGGGAAGGAGCAGAAGGCCGAAGGCGAGAUAAAGGGAUGAUAGACCAAGGGCACAUCCAAUUGCCAAGGAACGAUCUUGACCCAAGAGUUCUGUCUAAUACUGGUUGGGGACAGACUCCAGUAAAGCAAAACACUGCCUGGGAAUUUGAAGAGUCCCCUAGGUCUGAGAGAAAAAAUGACAAUGGGACAGAGGCCUGGGGCUGUGCCGCUACUCAGCCUUCAAACUCAGGGGGGAAGAGUGACGGGUCCAUCGUGAACAGUACAAAUACCUCUUCAGUGUCCGGGUGGGCCAGCGCGCCGCCGGCUGCUGGGCCGGCAAGCACAGGCUGGGGAGACGGCAGCAGCAAAGCGCCGAGUGGCCCAGGGGUUUGGGGGGACUCGAUAAGCUCUGCUGCCGUCAGUAAUGCUGCUGCCGCCGCCAAGGGUGGCCAUGCUUGGAGCGGGACCGCAAAUCAGGAGGACAAGGCGCCCACCUGGGGGGAGCCUCAGAAACCCAAAUCUCAGAACUGGGGAGAUGGACAAAAGUCUAAUCCGGCCUGGAGUGCGGGAGGGGGAGACUGGGCCGAUUCGUCUUCUGUCCUCGGACACUUGGGGGAUGGGAAGAAAAAUGGCUCUGGCUGGGAUGCUGACAGCAACCGGUCAGGGUCUGGCUGGAACGAUGCUCCCAGGUCUGGGCCCAGUGGCUGGGGUAAUGGCACAAACACAAAGGGGAACCCAGGGACAAACUGGGGAGAGUCUUUAAAACCUGGCCCGCAGCAGAACUGGGCGGGCAAACCCCAAGACAACAAUGUGAGUAACUGGGGAGGAGCCGCUUCCGUGAAACAGACUGGAACCGGGUGGAUCGGGGGGCCGGUCCCUGUCACACAGAAGGACGGCAGUGAGGCCACGGGCUGGGAGGAACCUUCUCCGCCAUCCAUUCGACGCAAAAUGGAAAUUGAUGACGGUACCUCAGCUUGGGGUGACCCGAGCAACUACAACAACAAAACUGUAAACAUGUGGGAUAGAAACAACCCAGGCCUGCAGAGCAGUGCCACGGCCGCCGCCGCAGCCACCGCCACCGCCACCGCGAGCAGCAGCGCGGACGCGGCCGAGACGCCGCCGCCGCCACACCCGGCCGGCGCCCAGCUCAGUCGGUCGCCGCUGCUCGGCCCAGUCUCAGCGGGCUGGGGAGAGAUGCCUAACGUCCACUCAAAGGCUGAGAGCUCCUGGGGAGAGCCGUCCUCCCCCUCCGCCCUGGUUGACAACGGCACUGCAGCGUGGGGCAAGCCGCCCAGCAGCGGCAGCGGAUGGGGGGACCCGCCCGCGGAGCCGCCAGUGACGUUCGGGAGAGCCAGCGCCCCCGCCGCCGCCCCAGCCCUGUGCAAACCAGCUUCAAAAUCUAUGCAAGAAGGCUGGGGCAGUGGUGGGGACGACAUGAACCUUGGCACCAGUCAGUGGGAAGACGAAGAAGGGGGCGUGUGGAAUAAUGCUGCUUCCCAAGAAAGCGCCUCCUCCUGCAGUUCCUGGGGGAGCGCCCCCAAAAAAGGACUCCCAAAGGGCAUGAAGACGUCUGGCAAGCAGGAUGAGGCCUGGAUCAUGAGCCGGCUGAUGAAACAGCUCACAGACAUGGGCUUCCCGAGAGAGCCGGCUGAAGAGGCCUUGAAGAGCAACAACAUGAAUCUCGACCAGGCCAUGAGCGCCCUGCUGGAAAAGAAGGUGGACGUGGACAAGCGUGGACUGGGAGUGACCGACUACAAUGGAGUGGUCACCAAAGCCCUUGGCUGCCGCCCACCAGUCUCCAAAGACUCUUCCGGGGACCGCCCCACCUUUCUCGACAAGGACGGCGGCCUAGUGGAAGAGCCCACGACUUCACCGUUUUUGCCUUCACCAAGCCUGAAGCUCCCCCUUUCAAACAGUGCACUCCCUAAUCAGGCCCUGGGUGGGAUUGCCCCAGGGCUGGGCAUGCAAAACUUGAAUUCUUCUAGACAGAUCCCGAGUGGCAAUCUGGGCAUGUUCGGCAGUAGUGGAGCAGCACAAGCCAGGACCAUGCAACAGCCGCCGCAGCCCCCCGUGCAGCCUCUGAGCUCCUCCCAGCCCAGCCUCCGUGCUCAAGUGCCUCCGUUUCUAUCCCCUCAGGUUCAAGCACAGCUUUUGCAGUUUGCAGCAAAAAACAUUGGUCUCAACCCUGCACUAUUGACCUCGCCAAUCAAUCCUCAGCAUAUGACGAUGUUGAACCAGCUCUAUCAGCUGCAGCUGGCGUACCAACGUUUACAAAUCCAGCAGCAGAUGCUACAGGCUCAGCGUAAUGUUUCCGGACCCAUGAGACAACAGGAGCAGCAAGUCGCGCGCACAAUCACGAACCUGCAGCAGCAGAUCCAGCAGCACCAGCGCCAGCUGGCCCAGGCCCUGCUCGUGAAGCCGCCGCCGCCGCCGCCGCCGCACCUGCCUCUGCACCCCUCUGCAGGCAAAUCGGCCAUGGACAGCUUCCCCCCGCACUCCCAGGCCCCCGGCCUGCCUGACCUGCAGACCAAAGAGCCGCAGGCUUCACCCAGCACCUUUGCUCCUUAUCCUCUCGCUGGACUGAACCCAAACAUGAAUGUCAACAGCAUGGACAUGACUGGUGGUUUGUCGGUAAAGGACCCGUCUCAGUCCCAGUCACGCCUCCCUCAGUGGACACACCCCAACCCGAUGGACAACUUACCCGGUGCUGCUUCUCCCCUCGAUCAGAACCCCAGCAAGCAUGGUGCUAUCCCUGGAGGUCUAAGCAUCGGGCCUCCAGCGAAGUCCUCCAUUGACGACUCCUAUGGCCGGUAUGACUUAAUCCCGAACAGUGAGUCACCAGCCAGUCCUCCUGUAGCUGUUCCCCAUAGCUGGUCACGUGCCAAAUCUGACAGUGAUAAAAUCUCCAACGGCUCCAGCAUCAACUGGCCCCCAGAAUUCCAUCCUGGAGUUCCAUGGAAAGGACUUCAGAAUAUAGACCCCGAGAACGACCCCGAUGUCACUCCUGGAAGUGUCCCCACCGGGCCCACUAUCAAUACCACCAUCCAGGAUGUCAACCGCUACCUCCUCAAGAGUGGAGGGUCCUCCCCACCAUCAUCUCAGAGUGCCGCGCUGCCUUCCUCGAGUGCCUGGCCGCUCAGUGCCUCCGGCUACGGUCGCUCUUUCAGCAGCAUCGCGCCCGCGCCCAGCAUUGCAGGUAAACUGUCAGACAUCAAAUCGACGUGGUCCUCCGGCCCUGCCUCCCACACACAAGCCUCUCUGUCUCACGAGCUGUGGAAGGUGCCCAGAAGCACUGCUGCCCCCACAAGGCCGCCUCCAGGGUUAGCCAAUCCCAAGCCUUCCUCCACCUGGGGAGCCAGUCCCCUUGGCUGGACCAGCUCUUACUCCUCGGGUUCCGCCUGGAGCACCGACACCUCAGGACGGACAAGCAGCUGGCUCGUUCUCCGCAACCUCACGCCCCAGAUCGACGGCUCCACCCUGCGGACGCUGUGUUUGCAGCACGGGCCUCUCGUCACCUUCCACCUGAACCUGACUCAAGGCAACGCCGUGGUCCGCUACAGCUCCAAGGAGGAAGCCGCCAAGGCCCAGAAGUCCCUGCACAUGUGUGUUCUGGGAAACACUACCAUCUUGGCCGAGUUUGCCGGCGAAGAAGAGGUGAACCGUUUCUUGGCCCAAGGCCAAGCGCUGCCACCCACCUCCAGCUGGCAGUCCAGCACGGGGACCGGCCAGACGCGGCUGGGUGCCUCGGGCAGCUCCCACGGCCUGGUGCGCAGUGACGCUGGCCACUGGAGUGCCCCGUGUCUGGCCGGCAAAGGAAGCAGUGACCUGCUAUGGGGCGGGGUCCCCCAGUACUCGAGCAGCCUGUGGGGCCCGCCCAGCAGUGACGACGGCCGGGUCAUCGGAAGCCCCACCCCGCUGAACACUCUGCUUCCCGGCGACCUUCUCAGUGGGGAGUCCAUCUAGGACCGAGAGGACCCCAUGGGCGCCACAAUCAUCAGCACUAGGAAGAAGAAGCUGACCCUUUCCAGUCCGGGCGGCGCUGAGGACCCCGCGUGACCUGAGCAGCCUGGCAGCCCUUUGAGUACCUCUGUCCAGUACUGAAGACGAGCCCUGGCCGCAGUCCUUGCGAACUGUUCACGAGACAGUGCGGGCUGCGCUCGGUCGGUGUCACGUGCUGACGACAGGAUGUUCCUCAUAGCUUUUUAUUUUGUGUUGUCUUACGUUUGUAUGGUGUGUUGUCGUUUUGAUUUUUUAAGUAUAAAAGCUGCUUAGAAUAGUUCUAUCAUGAAGGGCACUUUUCAGAUUGUGGGCUGGAAAGGGUUAUUUUAUCAAGGGGGGCGGGAGGGAGGGAGACGAGAAAGCCUAUUUAAAACGAGCCUGUGACGAUUAUGCACAUUACCAGAGGCGGACCCCGUAAUCAGGGGGAGCUGGUGUCCAUCACUGGGCGCAGAGCAUGGGCUCCAUGCGGCGGGCCUGGUGGCCCAGACCGGCGAGCUGCGCGGAGGCGGCGGCCUGCGGCCUGCUCUCUGCUCCCAUGGGUCCGCCUAUGCACAUUACCCUUGUUUCAUUACUUUUUCAUGCCAUUUUUUUUAUCCCAAAAAAUAUUUUUUAAAAGUUAAAAAAAAAAAAA